ACUAGUUAGUAGUUACACGGUUUAAUUCUAAGAGUGUACAUCGAGUUUGUCGACCGUCCGUGUAAAAACGAUCAUAGAGAUGGCCUGGCUGAAAAUCUUAUCUUAUUACAUUCUAUACACUAUAAUAGUUGUCACUGCACAGUACUACAUGGACGACUACAAUGAUUUUGAUUUUUAUGAAGAUUUAUCAACACAUCGCUCAAAAAGUUUCAAUAAAGAAUACAACAGUGUCGGGCAAGAUGAUUUUUAUGUUGCAAACGAUUUCGAUGACACAGACAGUCAGGACGGCACAUAUCCUAGUUCAAAUUACGCUGUUUUUAGAAACAGUAUCGAUUCGUUUGAGAGGGAUUCUUUCGAUAAGCAGUUUAACUGGCACAAACUGUCUGAGAAAGUUUACAGAUAUACCAAAUAUCGAAUUCCCGGAUACGAUUACGACGAAUUUGAUUACAUACGUUCGGGGAAGAUUAAAGAAUGCGAUGAUAGAUCGGUUUGGACGCAUUGUCUUUGCCAAUUCACAUGCUCGAAGCCGGAUAAAGUGGACUGUUACACACCGUGCAGAAGCGGAUGCGAGUGUAAAGAAAAGUACGUUUUUGAUGAGAAAGCACAAAGAUGUCUGUUACCCGAGGAAUGUUCGACGGAAGACUACAAUUACAAUUACUAAAUUUUAUAUUAUGUUCUCAUUCUUAAUAUUCAUUAAAUUACUCUUCAUCGCGAAUAAAGUUGACUGUGUACCCG